GCUUAGUCACACUUUCUCGCAGGACUGCCCUGUGUCAGGGGUGAACUCAGUGAUCUGUCCUCCUCUGGUUCUAUCUUCACUGGGAUCCCACAGUGACUGCACUGGCAAUUAAGGAACCACGCCUGUUGCGCACUAAUGUCCCUGAAUUGAAGUCCUUAAACUAGCCUUCCCUUGGACUGGAAAACUGUCUUAAGAGCUAGAAACUUCAAAUACAUCGUGUGAUUUUUUUUUUCUCUCUCACUUCAUUAUUUUAUUAUCGCGAGAGCCCACAGUCAGGACCCUCCAGGGCUGACCACUGCUGUCGGACUGGGAGGUGAGAGUCACUGCGUCCGGGAACGCGCACCGCAACAGCAAUGGAGUACCUCAAGUUUUGUUUUGUGUUUUCAUUCUGGAUGAAGUUUGCAAAUUCACUCUACCCUUCUGAAUCACCCCAAACUCCUGCGCCUAUUCCUAAAGAGAAACUGCUCGUCCUAACUGUUGCAACAGAGGAGACAGAUGGCUUCCGCCGCUUUAUGCAGUCUGCAAAAUAUUUUAACUACAAUGUGAAGGUGUUGGGGAUGGGAGAAGCAUGGAGAGGUGGAGAUGUGGGCCGGUCCAUCGGUGGGGGGCAAAAAGUCAGACUACUGAAGGAAGCCAUGGAAGGUCUGGCCGACCAGGAGGAUCUUAUUGUCCUGUCUGUGGAUAGCUAUGAUCUUAUCUUUGCUGGAGGACCAGAAGAAAUACUCAGGAAGUUCCAACAAGCAAAUAACAAAGUCAUUUUUGCUGCGGAGGGGCUGAUUUGGCCUGAUAAGCGACUAGCUGACAAGUACCCCUCAAUCCGCAGCGGCAAGCGCUACCUCAACUCUGGAGGUAUUAUCGGCUACGCCCCAUACAUUAACAGAAUUGUUUCACAGUGGAGCCUCCAUGACAAUGAUGAUGAUCAGCUCUUCUACACUAAAAUAUACCUGGAUCCACUACAGCGACAAACUCUCAAUAUGACUUUGGACCACAAGUGCCAGAUUUUCCAGAACUUGAACGGAGCUGUUGAUGAGGUGCUUCUCAAGUUCGGAACAGACCGAGUGAGAGUUAGAAACACUGCCUAUGACUCUCUACCGGUGGUUGUCCAUGGCAACGGAAACACCAAAAUGUACUUGAACUACUUGGCCAACUACGUCCCCAAUGCAUGGAACUAUGAACACGGCUGCAGCCACUGUGAUGAUGACCUUGUGGACCUGUCUCAGUUAAAAGAAUACCCAAAUGUGUUAGUUGGAGUGUUCAUCGAGCAGCCAACUCCUUUUCUCCCUGAAUUCUUCCAGCGACUUCUGACCCUGGAUUAUCCAAAGGAUAAACUCAAAGUUUUUGUACACAACAAUGAGGUUUACCACGAGAAGCACAUCCAGAAAUUCUGGGAGGAGAACAGGAAUGCGUUCAGCAGUUUCAAAGUUGUGGGACCAGAGGAAAAUCUGAGCCAGGGAGAAGCCAGGAACAUGGGCAUGGAUCUUUGCCGCAAGGAUGCCGCAUGCGACUACUACUUCAGCAUGGACUCAGAUGUGAUGCUCACCAACAGGCAGACGCUGAAGCUCCUCAUCGAACAGAACAGAAAAAUAAUUGGUCCCCUUGUCACUCGUCACGGCAAGCUGUGGUCCAACUUCUGGGGAGCCUUAAGUCUGGACGGUUAUUACGCUCGCUCAGAAGAUUAUGUCGACAUUGUACAGAGGAAACGUGUGGGUGUGUGGAACAUUCCUUAUAUGGCACAUAUAUACCUCGUCAAGGGCAGUGCCUUGAGGAAUGAACUGAAAGAGAGGAACUACUUUGUUCUGGAGAAACUGGACCCAGACAUGGCUUUGUGUAGAAAUGCCAGAGAAAUGACCAGUCACAGAGAAAAAGACUCCCCUUCACCGGAAUCAUUCCAUAUGCUCAGGCCCCCAAAGGGAGUCUUCAUGUACAUAACAAACCGUCAUGACUUUGGGAGGCUAAUUUCCACAGCCAAUUAUAACAUUUCUCAUUAUAACAAUGACUUGUGGCAGAUAUUUGAAAACCCCGUGGACUGGAAGGAGAAGUACAUCCACCAGAACUACACACAGAUUUUCACUGAGAACUACUUGGAGGAGCCUUGUCCAGAUGUGUUCUGGUUCCCAGUUUUCACAGAGAAGGCCUGUGACGAAAUUGUUGAAGAGAUGGAGCACUAUGGUUCAUGGUCGGGAGGCAAACAUGAGGACAAACGGAUUUCUGGAGGCUAUGAGACGGUGCCAACCGACGAUAUUCAUAUGAAGCAAAUUGGCUUUGAUAAAGAGUGGCUACACUUCAUCCGAGAGUUCAUAUCACCCGUCACAUUAAAAGUUUUCUCUGGCUACUACACAAAGGGUUACGCCGUCAUGAACUUUGUGGUGAAAUACACACCUGAAAGGCAGGCAUACCUGAGGCCACACCAUGACUCCUCCACCUUCACCAUCAACAUCGCCCUCAAUAACAAAGACAGAGACUUUCAGGGUGGGGGUUGCCGUUUCCAUAGGUAUAACUGUUCCAUUGAGUCGCCAAGGAAAGGCUGGAGCUUCAUGCACCCGGGUCGACUCACUCACCUUCACGAAGGCCUGCCCACCACCAACGGCACCCGCUACAUCGCAGUGUCCUUCAUCGACCCCUGAACUUUCCCUUCAUAAAUUAUUCUUUUUGACCGUGCUUUGCUUUCUUUGUCAUGUUUUUGUUUCGUUAUGUGUUGAUUUGUGCCCAGGAUGUUUUGCUGAUGCAUUUUUUUAAAGCAACUGCUUUAAAAGAAUAAUUAACUGUGUUGAGUGAAUCUCUGUCAAACAGAGUGAAAAUGAAAAGGUGUGUGACAAAUGUUAUUUACACGUUAGAUACACAAAAUACAAGUAAAACAUACUAGCGGGGUAACAGGCAUCAAACUGCUCAACUAUUUAUUUCUGGAUUUAAAAACAACGUCUAAAUAUGCUUUUUUAUCAGGGUUUUUACCGGGCAUAUUUAGAACAGCGACGUUAACUGUCAUAAAUACACACUGGUAGCUUUGCGGGUUAGCUAUUUUGUGCUGGCGUGCACAUGUCCUAUGUGUAUCUGUUAGUUUUAUUCAGGAAAAUGUCACUGAACCUUUGAUACUGUAAAAUCUCAUCUUUGCUACAGUUGCCACUGGUGCUAAUUUUCAUUCUGUGGUUCUGCGUUUAAGAUUAAAGUCUUUUUUUUUUUUUUUGUUAGAGUGAAAAGUGCUGUUGUUUUUCUUCCACAAACAGACAUGAUUCAGUUUAAUAUGUGCCCAGAUAUCUAUUUUUGUAAUUUAACACACACAAAAAACUAAACAGAAUUCAGUUCUGUUUUAAUGAAAUUCGAUAUUCUGUUUGUACUUCAAAGGAUUUUUUUCUUUGUUGAAAUUGGCAACACUCACUGUCUUUUACGAAAAACACUUCUGAAGUUUUUUUUUUUUUCUUGAAAAGUGUGUGAAAGGAUUUUGAAAUUCAGCAAAUGUUUAACUUAUUGUCAAAAUUUAAUAAAAGCUGAAUAAAAAAAUCA